AUGGAGCUCGAGGCGACCUCACCCGACAUCAAGGGGGGCGAUACCCAGUUUCUACUGGAUCUAAACCAAGAGGAGGACAAUGUUCUGCAGAUGGAGCAGGAGGUUCUCAGUCCGUGCCCAGCUCACUCCACCCCCGCUGCUGCGAGUGUGGACCAGGAAUCGUCCUUCUCGUCCCUGUGCCGCCAAGCUGCUGCUAAACUGGAGGGUGUGAGCGGGCCCACCCUGCUCCCUUCCAAGCCCUGCAGAUUGUCUUUGACACAGCUGGAGAAAAUCUACAAAGCCCAAGGUAACACCGCCCAUGCRCUGAGCUCCGUCACCAUGCUUCAGACCUACCAGGCCAUGGUCUUGGCYGAACUGGAAGCUCAGAUGUCGCAGGAAAAACCCCUUUUACCCCUGCUGAACGAGAUCAGACUGGCGUCAGACCACAUCCUGCAUGUGUCCCGCUGUGCAGCGCUGGCUCUGGGGAAAGGAAUGGCUUCUACUGUGGUGGUGCAGAGGCACAUGUGGCUAAAGCUCUCAGACGUUCCCAACAAGGGCAGAGCGGCCUACUUGGAUGAACCGAUAAUGCCUACAGGACUGUUUGGUCAAGCGAUUGACGUCAUCCAAACCAAAUUCGAACAGAGGAAGAAGCAGGCUGAGGCACUUCGCUGCAUCAUUAGACGACUGGGCUCUGAUCGCAAGCUCCAAGGAGCAAACAUUAGAUCAGCUGUCUCAAGUUCUGUCACACAUUCAGGCUUUAGAGUUUUUAGUAAACACCCAGAAAAGUCUAUUAACACCAAGUCAGCAGUUUUUGUUCCUCGGACUAGAAAUCUGCUCCUUGUCAARCAGGGCUCGCCUCUCAGAAAACAGAGCAGCCGCRUUUCACCGCUGCUUAGCUCAGUUUCAACUGGGAUGCAAACUGAGCUUCAAAACCGUACCACAGUUACUGGGAAUGAUGGCUUCCAUGAUUUCAGUAGUACAACUCGGGCUGUUAAAAAUGCGCCGUUUUCAGCGUUGGUCUCAGUCCCACAGGCUGUGUCAGUCUCGACACAGACACAAAAAGCUAACAAUAACUGCUUCCUGCAUGACGGCUCUCAGCCCCUGGAGGGAACCCGGCCUCCUGUAUCAGGGUUCUCCAAUAGGGAGGGUGUCGUUUCGCAAAAUGGUGUCCACAGAUGCCUCCCUGAAAGGUUGGGGAGC